AUGUCCUCUGGUUCCACUAGCAAUAUGCUGCGGGUCAGCAUUGAGUCUCAGAAAUUCCCUAGUUCGUACCUUCGCCUCGACGGACGGGGAGUGACCGCACCCUCCGCUUCUGGCGGAGGAGUUGCCAACUGCCAGACCUAUGUGGGCUCAUAUGAAACUCUUAUCAUCGUGAAUUAUCCCGAGGACAAUACCUUCUCCAUUCUUUCUUCUGCUUUCCCCAAUAUCUAUCUUCGUAUGGAUGGCUCCGACGUCAAGACCGGGGAACCCUAUGCCCAGGGGGCUGGAAGGGUCAACUGCCAGUACGGUAGCCGCACUUAUGAGAAAUUCCGCUUCGUAAACCAGGACGAUGGAAGCAAGGCCAUCGUUUCGGUGCAGUUCCCAAACGCCUACCUUCGCAUGGACAAUGUCUCCGGCCAGGGUGGUCCUGGUGGUGGAGGAACCGUUAACUGCCAGAGCUAUAUUGGUACCUACGAGAAAUUCAAGAUUCAUGUGCUGUAG